UUACUGCUCACAUAUCUUAGAUUCUCUCAUCCAUUUCGCCACAUUAUAAAUAGAGUACAUGUUAGAGGUUUCUCAUAUACCACCAAAGUGUUUUACUUCGAAAAACAUACAUAAGAAUCGAUCAAAAAAAAACAUACAAAAAAAGCUAAUAUAGCAAAAGAAUCAUUCAUGGCUAAGUCUAAAGCUAAUGGGUGGAAGAAAAAUGGAAUGGUCAAGCUCAAAGUUGUAGCAGAGAAGUUACUACAAAGAAGUAUAUCGAAGAAAGAAGAAUAUGAUACUGAUCUUGAUCUUGAUUACGGCCAAGAUGGUAUGUCUUAUAACUCAGUUCCAGAUGAUGUUAAAAGAGGUCAUUUUGUUGUAAUGGCAACUGGUGAUGGUGGUAAACCAAAAAGACAUGUUGUUGCGCUGAGUUAUUUAACUAAUCCGGCAUUCCGGGAACUAUUGGAGAAAGUGGCCGAAGAGUACGGUUUUUAUCACGGCGGUGCCCUAACCGUUCCUUGUAGAUCGAGUGAGCUUGAAUGUAUUUUGAUGGGAAAGGGGGGAGAUGUUGAUGAUGUAGCUUCUAGUAAUAUUGGAUGGGAGGCCUCUAAAAGUACUAUGGUUUGGAGUUGCUAAUUUCCAAGUAGUCAUGAAAGACGCAAUAUCUUUCAGAAUGAUGCAAGAUGGCUCAUUAAUUCCUUCACCCCAAGAAAACAACAAAACGAUCUUCUGCUAAGAUCGUUUGAAUAUGUGGAGAUGUGAAGCCAAGAGGAUGUGUUUCCCUGCGGUCAAGGACUAUCCAGGCUAUUAAUCGAUGAACGAUAAAAGAUUGUUAUCUUUUCUUUCUUUUUCUUUUACUUUUUUUUUUUUUUUACGUAAUCACGUCGUAUGUAUCGCCACCUGACUACGUCAGUUUGUUUAUAUUUUGCCUUCAAAAGGCUAGAUUUGCGAAAUGAGAACCAAGAAUGGAACCUUCCUCAAGUUAUGUUA